AUGCCGCGAAUAGCGGCAGAGAGCGAGCGCGAGUGGGCGGCGGGCGGCGCGGCGGCGGCGGCGCUGGUGGAGCGGCUGGUGCUGCGGCUGGUGAGCGGCGCCGGGGCGCUGGACGCGCGCUUCGCCUGCAAGUUCCUCGCCACCCUCGACUCGCCCACGCACCGCGCGCACGCGCCCGUGAGUCGCAGCUCUCGCUCUACUCAGGCUACGUCUUCUUCAUGGUGUUCGUUAGAGCUUCAACGUGUGAUCUAUCCGAUCGGCGUCGGUUCUCUCAUCUCUGCCCCAAAGGGCACCACCCCAGUUCGGACGGGCUCCAAGUUCUCGACUUAG